GUUGACAAAGUAACAAUGUGCGGUUCAUAUUUUUAAAGUUUUAAAAUUAUUUUUGAUUAAGACAAAAUGAUUUCAUUCAUAACAAAGAAUAAAAAUGACAUUAUUUAUUUAUCGCUGCUGUUGUUCAGCGUUGCAGUAGGACCUUAUUAUAGAUCUAUAAAUUCCAUACAAAUAAAGAAAUGGGUCGGCUCACUUCUUGGUCUUCUGCUAAUUGUUAUUGUGUCUGGAUACAGUGCUUUUCAUCCGAUAUCAUCAGCUAUAGUCGGCAUCAUCUUGAUUAAACUGGCUACUGUCAAAUAUUGCCACAUAGUAACAUUCUUCUUUAUGUUUGGAUAUCUAUUUUUCUUUCGGCUGGCUGAUAAAUUUGGCCUUCCAUUGUCUUCGGGACAAACCAACCUUAUUCAGAUGAUCAUAGUUCUCAGAGUUGUGGGAGUGGCUUUUGAAAUCAAUGGAUCCUGGCGUGCAGUAGGUGCAGGGAAAAAGAAAGAAGAUAAACCAGAUAAUGAUAAAAAAGAGAAAGAUGCAGACUUUUUGGAAAUCCAUAAUCCCAGUCUUAUGGAUCUGUUUCAUUAUUCUUUCAAUUAUGUAGCUUUGCUUACAGGUCCCUAUUACAGAUACAGAACAUUUGAUGACUAUUUCAAUCUUCCAUACAGUAAAUAUGCUGACUGUGCUGGGUUCACAAUUAACACAUUGAAAACUGUGCCCCUUUAUAUCUCUUUGUAUUUGGCCAUGUCAAAUGUUUGGCCACUUGAGUACAUCCUAACAGAAGACCAUAACAACAGGAGUUUCCUAUACAGAAUGUUGUACCCGUGGGUACUGUUUGCCGCAUUCCGUCAGCGUAUUUACUCCGGCAUGACACUUGCCGAAAGUGUUUGUACCUCGGCUGGUGUUGGUGCGUACCCAGUUGAGGGUAAAAAUAGAACAGGCCAUGGACCAACGGUUGGAUAUUUGAAGCUAAAUCAAAUGACCGAAGAAGAAGCCAAGCGCGCCCAAUAUGACUUCAACACCGUAGAAUCGAUGGAUGUAUGGGGCUGUGAGACAGUGGUCACUCUUCGCGACUCCAUGAAGGUUUGGAACAAGGCUGUGCAGUACUGGGUUGCUAUGGUCGUCUACAAGAGAUUCCCUGUUAAAUCGUUAAAGAUUCACGCGGCUCUGUUUGUGUCCGUCAUCUGGCAUGGCUACCACGCUGGUUAUUUCUUCUGCAUAUACUUCUGUCCCUUCUAUUUGAUGGCUGAAGACAUUUACUACAAACUUUACUAUAAGGAUGCUACUGGAACUAAAAAGAAGAUAAUCGGCUUCAUCAUGUGGUUCCUGCGGUCUCAUAGCGAAUCGUACCAGGCUGCAGCCUUUCUACUACUGACCUUCGACCGUAUUUGGAUUUACUAUUCGUCUGUCUACCACUAUUGGUACGGUUGUUGGUUGGCCUUCCUCAUCAUCGGCUUAAUACUCAAUCAAAUCCACAAAAUGGGAAGACCAAAGAAAUUGAAAGGCGAUGAAAAACAGCCAAUCUCAAGUAAUCAUUGAUAUUGCUCACACUCGACUUUAGUUUUUGAAAUUACAUAACAGAGGCAUGUUUGUUUAAUAUAUUUUUGUUUGGGUAGUUUUAGUUAACAAAAUGGUGUAGUGUUUUUAAUCUCGAAUAAAAUGGAAAAUCAUUGUCAAUUAGGAGGUAGAUAAUAUUAAUAUGGUACAUUUAGUCAUUUUAAGGGCAACUUGAUAUCAUUUUUGAAUCUCAUAGUUGGUGGAAAAGUCUGGGUGUAGGUUAAAACAUUUGAUACUUUACAUUCCUGUGUAAUCACAAUUCAAAAUUUUUAUAAAUACAAUAUUGUGUAAUUUCAUGGACGAUUUUAAACGACAGUACCUGCGUAAUGUUAAAGGAGCAAUUGAAUCUAGUCUGCAUUUCCGAAUUGACUGAAUAAAAGUUAUUUUUCUGAA